GAAGAGAAGGCUGAGGACCUUAAGGCAGACAAGAGUCAAGAACGAGUUACUCCUGGGCCGUGGACCAUUCACCGAGAUGGAGAAGUCCUUAUGAGGCUUUCAAAACACGGGCCAGGCCAUGAGACCCCCAUGACCAUCCCUGAAUUUUUUCGGGAGUCAGUCAACCGAUUUGGGACUUAUCCAGCCCUCGCAUCAAAGAAGAAUGGAAAGUGGGAAGUUCUGAAUUACAACCAGUACUAUGAGGCUUGUCGGAAAGCUGCAAGAGCCUUACUCAAGCUGGGCUUGGAGCCUUUCCACUCAGUCGGCAUCCUUGGGUUUAACUCCGUCGAGUGGUUCCUUGCGGCUCUUGGCGCCAUCUUCGCGGGGGGCUUCUGUGUUGGUAUUUAUGCCACCAACUCUGCGGAAGCCUGCCAAUAUGUCAUUGCUCACGCCAAAGUGAACAUCCUGCUGGUGGAAAAUGACCUACAGCUGCAGAAAAUCCUUUCGAUUCCAAAGACCAAGAUGGAGACCCUAAAAGCAAUCGUUCAGUACAGGCUGCCAGUGGAGAGCAAAUGUAACAACCUGUACUCUUGGGAUGAUUUCAUGGAGCUUGGCAAUAGCAUCCCCGAGUCCCAGCUGGACCAGAUCAUAAAGAGCCAGAAGGCCAAUCAGUGUGCUGUGAUCAUCUACACUUCUGGGACCAUAGGCUAUCCCAAGGGGGUGAUGCUUAGCCAUGACAACAUCACGUGGACAGCGGGGUCGGUGGCGAGGGACUUCAAUCUGGCUUAUGCUCCUGAGAAGCAGGAGGUGGUGGUCAGCUACCUUCCUCUCAGCCACAUCGCAGCUCAGAUGAUGGAUGUCUGGAUACCCAUGAAGGUCGGGGCUUUCACCUACUUUGCUCAACCAGAUGCACUCAAGGGCACUUUGGUCAACACUCUGCAGGAGGUAAAGCCUACCGCCUUCCUGGUUUUCUUCUCCCUGCCGCCCCCUGGCGGUUCCGGCAGAGUCAUGACUGGGUGUAAGAACAUGCUGUACCAGCAGACCAAGGACGGCGUUGGGGAAAUCUGCCUCUGGGGCCGGCAUGUCUUCAUGGGCUACCUGGAGAGGGAGGGCGCGACCGUGGAGGCCACCGAUGAGGAGGGCUGGCUCCACUCUGGGGACCUCGGCCGCAUGGACAACCAGGGCUUCCUCUCUAUCACAGGCCGCAUCAAAGAAAUUAUCAUCACUGCUGGCGGUGAGAAUGUGGCCCCCAUUCCCAUCGAGAACCUGGUUAAGGAGAAGAUUCCCAUCAUCAGUAACGCCACGUUAGUGGGAGAUAAGGCCAAGUUUCUGGGUGUCCUCCUGACGCUGAAGUGUGAGGUCGACAAGACGACCGGAGAGCCGCUGGACAGACUGACCUGGGAGGCCAUCAGGUUCUGCCGGGAUGCAGGCAGCAGGCAGGCGUCCACCGUGUCCGAGAUCUUGGAGCUGCGAGACCCCUUGGUCUACACGGCCAUCCAGAAAGGCAUAAAUGCCGUGAAUCAGUGUGCCAUCUCCGACGCGCAGAAGGUUCAGAAGUGGGUCAUCUUGGAGAAGGACUUUUCCAUCAGUGGUGGGGAGCUAGGUCCAACGACAAAGAUUAAAAGACAUUUCAUAAUCCAGAAAUACAAAAAGCAAAUCGACAACUUCUAUCAGUGA